AUGGGAAACUCCAACGCAAAGGAGGCGCGCGCCGAGCCCGACGGUGCCGCCGAUGGCCGCCGCGGCGACGGCCGAUCCCGGAAUCGCAUGAGCCGCGCCGACCUGACGGGCUUCCUGAGCCUCCAAACCGCUUCCCGUGACCGCCAACGCCAGGAUGCCCCCUUCGAGCGCCGAGAGACGAGGCAGGAGCGCGAGGCCCGCCGCCUCGAGCGAGAGCGUGUCUCCCGCGCCAAGGAGCGGGAGCGAAGCAUGCGCGAGGAGCACGUCGACGGCGGAUUCCUCGUCACCUUGGGCACCUACACGGGCACCGAAGACUUUAGCAAGCCCGUCGUGAGACAUCUGCAGAUCGAGAGGAGGAUGGCCCCGUUCUGGCGCGGCCUGAACGACUGGUCCUCGAGCUGGGCCGAGCAUCAGCUCGUCGCCGCCGCCCGCGGCCUGCCCGUGCCGCCCGCCGACGCCCCGCCCGAUGCCGACCUCGUCCCCCGCCCGCCCGCCUCGACCUCGACCUCGCCCCCGGCCCUGGCCAGCUUGACCGUGCCCAUGGGCGCGAGGACCCUGUCGGCCGCCUCGGACCGCAGCGACCCGGCCGUCGGCCCGAGCCUGCCCUCGCCCGCGACGACGAGCUCGGCCGUCCGCAACGUCCUGAAGCCGAGAGCCAAGGCCCUCGCCGCCGCCCUCAGCGUCGGCUCCCGCAACGCGUCGUCGACGGACCUGACGCCCAAGGAGACCUUUCUGCCCCCCGACCCCUUCGUCAACGGCCAGCCGAUCGAGGUCUACCUCUACAAGGACGCCGCCGAGUGUCCCAUCUGUUUCCUCUCCUACCCGCCCUACCUGAACCGGACCCGCUGCUGCGACCAGUCCAUCUGCAGCGAGUGCUUCGUCCAGAUAAAGCGCCCCGACCCCCACCUGCCCGAGCACCACUCCGACGGCGCCGCCCGGGAUCCCGCCGACGCCCUCCAGGCCGGCGACCCGCCCGAGAUGCUCAUAUCCGAGCCGGCCGCCUGUCCCUACUGCCAGCAACCCGAGUUCGGCGUCACGUAUGACCCUCCGCCCUUUCGCCGGGGCCUCGUCCACGCCGUCGCCUCGACGUCCAACAUCGCCUCCUCCACGGCCAUGUCCUCGCAGAGCUCGCUCAGCUCGACGCUGCCGCCGGCGUCGCCGAGGCAGGGUCGAAGGCGCACCCACAGCCUCUCGGCCUCGGCCCCCAACGUCGUCACCACCGACCGAGUCCGCCCCGACUGGUCGACGAAGCUGGCCGCCGUCCGCGCCCACCAGGCCCGGAGGGCCGCCGCCGCGACGGCCCUCCACACGGCCGCCUUCAUCGUCGGAGGCAACGAGCAGAGGUCCAUGCUGCGCGGUAGCCGCUUCGGCCGCAGGACCGGCCCCGGCAGCAACGGCACCGGCACCCCGGGACACGACCAAGCCGGCGGAUCCUACGGCCCCGAAUCCGGCGAGCCCAGCAUGGACCCCGACGAUGCCCGUCGCACGAGGAUGGACGAGCUCGAGGAGAUGAUGUUCAUGGAGGCCGUCCGUCUGUCCCUCGCCACCGAGGAGGAACGCAAGCGCAAGGAGGAGAAGGCGCUGCGCAAGGAGAUCAAGAAACGGCAGCAAGCGGAGCGAAAAGCCCAGAAGAAGGAGGCCAAAGGUCCCUACGGCGGCGAGGUGAGCGGCGCCAGCCGCAGCAGCCUCUCGCUCGGCCACGGUCGAAGGAGAGGCAACAGCGUGUCCAGCAACCUGAGGGUCGAGGCGACGGUGCAGGCGGCCUCGCAGGCGCCCCGGGACGACGCGCCGCCCGCGGCCGAUGCCGAGAGCAGGGAGGGCCCCGCGGACAAGGGCAAGGGGAUCGAUCGCGGCCCUCUGGAACCGGACCCCGUGCCCGUCUCCUCGGCCGGUUCCUCGGUGGGAUCGCUGCUCGUGGCCACGCCGACCCGCCGCGGCUCCCACCUGAGGCAGAUAAGUAAUGCCUCUUCGCUGGGCUCCUCACUCGCCGACACGCCAUCCGGCAGCUAUCCCGGACCCGGCUUCGGCGCACCCGACGGCGGCGGCCACGCUCGGCCCGACGGACGCGCCGACGAAGGGGACCGCGACGGCAGCGAGCCCAUGUUCAACUUUCGCAGCCUCGCCGAGCUUGUCGGGGUCAACAUCGAUGAUGGGUCUGCUCAUCCCGCCGUCGUGGCCGAUGGCGAGGAAGCCGUCGAGGGCGCCAAGGAUCUGCCGAGCCGUCCGCUCUCGCGGGUCAAGGAGGAAGCCGAGGCCGAGCACGCUCACGCGGCCGGCGGCGACGACACCUCCUUCGGCGGGAGCGAAGACCUGUCGAGCACCGUCAUCCUGUCGCCCGAGGCGACCGCUCGAUCGACCGCUCCCGGCGGCGGCCUUUCCGCGAGCCACGUGCCCGUCAACGCGGUCCCGCCGCAGCUGAUGCUGACACCCGGGUCGCCGGAAGCCGGUGAGGGCUUCAUGACGGCAGACGCCAAGCGCCCGCGAGGCGUCGACGGCCCCCGACGACCAUCCCCGAGUCAAUAG